AUGGAUCCUAGAAACCUUAAUCGUAAUCCACAGACAUAUUUUGUUGAUCUUAUGAAUUCUCAAAAAGACUCUAACUCCCCAGAUAAUCCGAUUCUUCCAAAUACAUUCUCUUCUCAGCCUCUCCACUUUACCCAAACCCUCUCUUCUCAGCCUGUCAACUUUACCCAAACCCUCUCUUCUCAGCCUGUAAACUUUGGUCCUGGAUUCUCUUCUCAGCCGUUUCACUUUAGGCCGGCAUCUGAAGAUGAUGAUUGUGUCGAGGUUGAGGUUGAUGAGGAUGAAGAAGACGAAGGGACUGGAAGAAUAAAGCGGUGGACUGCAGAGGAGGAUGUUAACCUCAUAAGCGCUUGGUUAAACACAAGCAAGGAUCCAGUUGUAAGUAAUGAGCAGCGGCUUCAAAGUUUCUGGAAGAGGGUUGCUGCCUACUACAAAGCUAACUAUGGGUCAUCUGUUUCAAAUGCAAGAGGGCCUACACAAUGUAAGGCUAGGUGGAGCAAGAUAAACCAUGGAGUCAAUAAGUUUGUGGGCUGUUACGCACAAGCGAGUUCAAGAAGAAAGAGUGGAGAAUCAGAAGAUGAUGUAUUGAGCAUGGCGUAUGAGCUUUACAAGAACGACAAGGGCAAGCCAUUUCUGCUAGGACAUUGCUGGAGGGAACUGAAGCAUGAUCAGAAAUGGAUCACGGAGGAGUGUAGCCAUAAGCGGACUAAACUCGCUUCAGAUUGA